AUGGCUGAUCUUUGGGAAGUUGGGAAUCCUGUUUCGUCUUUGAUUAAACGGUUAAUCAAACGAGCAAAUAGGUAAAUACUUGAAAAACACAAUAAAGCCAAUACUGAAUAGCUUUCAAAUUGUAUUUAUGAAAAUUUUUCAUUCAUCAAAUAUAAUUGUAGAUUCCACACAAUGUUUGGCAGUGGUCAUGGACAUGAAAAGUAUAAAGGUAUGACAGAUGCAUUGAACCUAAAAGUGUUGGAGACUGUAACUUUUGCAACAACUAGAUUCUUUAGCUUGUCGUUUGACCAGUGGAAGAAAAUCUACGAAAGCUACAAAGGGCUAAUACAAACGUACAGAAGAUGUAGAGAAGAUUGUGACGAUGAUGAAGAUGAAACAAGGUAUCAGGUAUGAACAAAAAUGAUACUGUAUAUGACUGUUAUAUAAAAAAAAGUUUCCCUGUUACCAUGAAAUUCAACUAACUUAAAGUUGUAUGACUUUAAGGUUCGUGGAGAAGACCUUGCUGUAGACUUUUGCGGAAUGCUGGAUAUUUUGCAGCCUGUAGUUUCACUGAUGAUCCGAGCCCAGGUGGUAAAUCUGCCACCGUGGAAAAUUAUUGCAUGGUACUCGGAAAAUGAAUUGAAGAAUCGGAAAAUGAAUUGAAGAAUGUAAAGAAUGGGUCUCAACCAUCCAAAUCCAUUCUUCCAAAGCUUGCUAAGCAUUGGCAAGAGAUCAAUGCUGGUAGACUUGGCAAUAAUGAAGAUGAGCAGGAACCAGGAACCUUUCAGGUAAUUGAACAUUACAUAGCGAACUAAUUACAACAAUUUUCAAUCAGACAAUCGUGCAUAAAAAUAUUUAUUUUUGUAAAAUGUUAAUUGAUUGAAGUUGUGGUAAACAUGCAAAUACAUUAAUAUUUUAGACUGUUCCACUUUACUUCGGUUGGUCGAUUUUUGUUCCAGUCUCUGUCUGUUCCUAACAUCACAAAAGAAUUCUACAAUAUGUUUGAUUUAGAAAAAGCCUUCACUCAUCUCUGCAAUUUUACAGUCAAGAACAGGAAGCUGAUCAUGAGCAGAGAGCACAAGAUCGAAUGGGAAAUAGAUGGAGUGGAGGAAUUCAAUUCUUUUUUCAAGGUUGUUUGCAAUCUUCCUCAUGUCCGCUCCAGUGAUAGUUUGUUGAUGCUCUUGCCGCAAAAUAGUGUUAUUGUUUUCAAAAGACUGAAAGACACACUGGAGAACAUAGUUUGGUUUGGUUUGGGAAAUCGUGUAGAUCUAUUUGUUGAUCUAAAAGGCAACUCAGUUCCAGAGUUCAAAGAGAGCCACCUUGUUUCCAUCAUAGCUCUUGAUAGCGAAAGUUUAGAUCAAGUUUUUAGUCUUGAAUUUGCAUUGGGAGUUGUAGUGAAAGCAAAACUACAGGAAGAUAACCUGAUUGCUUCUUUUUACAACAACAACAUCAUUUUCGAGUCUCUGGGCAAGGAAAUGUGUAUUUCACUGGAUGUAGCCCUAGCUGCUGGUGGCUGCGAAGCCAUAGUGGAGGGAUUCUAUGGUGUUGUAACAGCGCAUAAGAAAAGUGGCGGUCAAGGAAAUGAUGUUCUCGUUGAGCGUGCAAUUGUCGACUGGAGCAUUCCUGACCCGAUAAUUUGUCCUAAAACAAUGACGGAGAUAGGAAAUCUUUACCCUCUGUGA